AGUUUGUGUUGAAAUCUGUUUGUCAUCGGUUAACUAACCUCAAUUAAUCUCAAAUGCUCAAAUGUAAGUAAAAAAUUGUGCAAAGCGUAAAAUAUAGCAAAAUAAAAAAAUAGAAUGGCAUCAAGUUCUGGCGGCUUAUUUGGUUGGGAGCUAUUGUAUCGAAGUGUACAAAAUGAUAUCAAAAAUAGUCAAGACAUUUUGGUCUGCUUCACUCACUUAGUUCUUAUAUCAAACGGAUUCAAAUGUAUUGGAUUGGGAGAUUCGAAAAUUUUGGAAGGAACAGAAACCAAAACGGAGACAUUGCCUUCUGGUUGGAAUGAUAAUUAUGCUAUUCGUUAUGUUUACCAAGGUCGACUGUAUAAUUUACGGGCAACAAAUGUUGACGAUGCUAUCAUGAUAAAUUUGAUAAGGGUUCAGGAACGAACAGUUUCAAUGGUUCAGUUAAACAACAGAACUGUGGCCCAGACAAGUGGAACUCUUGAACAAAUGAUACCCAACCAUACAGAAUUGGAAGAGAUGAUUCGAAGACAGCUAAUUGACAAGGUCACAGUUUCAACUAAACAGAAAGAUGGAAGCAGUCAAACCCAAAAUGAAUCUGGCACUUCGACAUCUGGAGUUGGACCUGAUAGACCUUCUCCAUUGCUUGAACGUACUCCUGAACGAUUUAGCUAUCCCUCUUUAAUUGAUCCGGUUAAUAAUGUAGGAAGAUCUGAUUUAGAUCCUUUUGGAGGACAGUUUCCACCCUUGGGAAGAAAUCCUCCAGCAUUCCCCCUUCCUGGAGGUGGAGGAAUGCUUUUUGAACCACCUAGAGGAGGAGGUGGUCUAGGACCUCGACCGAACUUUGGAGUUCCUCCAGAUUCACUACCACCAGGCGCAAGAUUUGACCCUUUUAGGCCACCUGAUCCUGAAAGACCACCUAGAAGAAAUCCUGGUAAUGAUUUUCCACCCCCAGGAUUCGAUGAUAUGUACAUGUAAUAAUCAAUAUAUGACUGAUCACAUGUUAA